AUGAAUGGCACAACGAACGGCGUGAGCACUCAUGGCCCGACCAGCAACACCCUUCCGGCAUCCUGGUACCGCGAAGAGGGGAUGUACGAACUGGAAAAACGGGGGAUAUUUUCCAAACAGUGGCUCUGUGUUUCCCAUUCGCUGCGAUUCAGAGAGGUCGGGGAAUUUGUGAAUUUUGAGAUUGCCGGCUACAAGUUCUUCGUCAUCCGCGACCGACAGAAUGAUCUGAAGGCUUUCCUGAAUAUUUGUCGACAUAGAGCGUAUCCCGUCAUUGAAAAGCAGAGUGGUCAGGGAGGAAGAGCGAGUAUUUUGGCGUGCAAGUAUCACGGAUGGUCUUAUGGCCUCUCGGGCAAUCUCGCAAAGGCACCGCGCUUCGAAACGGUGGACAACUUUGACAAAUCUCAAUAUUCUCUGUAUAGUGUCCAUCUGCGCAUUGACAGACUCGGCUUCGUCUGGGUCAACCUCGAUGCUGCUAACCCGCCCACGAUUGCUUGGGAAGACCAUUUUCAGAAGGUCGACGAGCAGCCACGCCAGAAAGACUUCUCCAUGGAUGACUUUACAUUCGACCACGCGUGGGAGCUGGAGGGGGAGUACAAUUGGAAGGCCAUGGUGGACAACUAUAACGAGUGUUACCACUGCACGACUGCACAUCCAGGCAUUCUGGCAACCACGAAACUCGAUACGUACGACGUCAAGGGCAUCAAAGGGUGGAUUGAGCACUACUCGGAGCCUCUGGACAGCGUGGAACACAAGUAUGGAGUGCAGCCCACUUACUUCUUCCCCAAUGCUGCCAUAUUGAUCUCCGAUGGAAUUACUUAUCUGACUCGGUUCGCUCCCAAAUCCGCCACUUCGCUGAAGCUGGAAUAUGAGGUCUAUCGGCACAAAUCAUGCACCGAUCAAGACUUUGACACCAUGAAUCCCUUCUUCAAGCAAGUCGAACGGGAGGAUCUCGAGCUGUGCAACGCUGUGCAGCGCAACCUCAACAUGGACACCUAUGUCAAGGGACCACUGCACCCACACAACGAAAAGGGCGUCAUCUACUUCAAGAAUCUGGUGAGAGAUGUGCUCCACAAGCACAUGGAGGAAGAGCAACGAGCUGGACAGAUGAUCUAUCCCGCUCGGAGGGACGAUGGCAACCAAGAAAUCGCGGCUGAAGAGGCCUUCUGUCGUCUUGCCUGUGAUGGAAUUGGAUCCAAAGGAAUUCCACAAUGUGGCCGGUCCACGCCCGUUCCUCAAGAUGCACCGCCUUCUGUACAGUCCCUUUCCACCGCCCGAAAAGCGGCUCGUGCCCAGGCGAAGCACCGCUUGUUCUAUACGAUCGACUACGUGUCUCGGGUUUCCUACUUCGACGCGCGGAGCGAGUACCGCGACUUCCGGGGCUUCUUCGUCCUCUUCUGGAUCAGUCUGACCAUCAUGGUGAUCACGACGUGUCUGAGAAACAUCAAAGAGACGGGUCAUCCACUGCGAGUCGAAGUAUAUGCUCUCUUGUCCCGAAACGUCAUUUCACUGGGCCUCAGCGAUGCUGCCAUGGUGGCCAGCACCGCGUUGAGUUUGCCCAUCCAAAAAAUGGUCCGGGGCACGAACGGCGUCCUGCGAUGGCGAAGAGCGGGGAUUUGGAUACAGGGCAUGUUCCAAGCACUGUGGUUGGCACUGUGGGUGAGCUGGCCCUUCUUGCUGAGCUGGACCUGGACGGCGCAGGUCUUUUUCGCGCUGCACACCCUGACCUUCCUGAUGAAAAUGCAUUCCUACGCCUUCUAUAACGGCCACUUGAGCGAGACCGAGCACCGGCUGCGAGACCUCGACAAGCCAGAAACGGCAGACCGGGGCAAGGCCGUCAAAUAUCCCGGCUCUCCCUCGCGCUUGCGCCAGAUGGACUCGGAGAGUUCCGAGUCAGAGAAGGAAGACGAGCAGGAUCUGGCCCAGCUCCGGCGUGAUUUGGCGACCGAGUUGACCUCUCCCCUGGGACAAGUCACCUACCCUCAAAAUCUCAGGCUGUCCAAUUACCUCGACUACGUCCUCUGCCCGACUCUUUGCUACGAGCUGGAGUACCCACGGACACCCAAGAUCCGCUGGGAUGAUCUCUUCUACAAGACCCUCGCCGUCUUCGGCUGCAUCUUUUUGAUGAUCACCAUCAGCGAGGAAUUCAUCAUGCCGGUCCUGGCCGACUCGGCGGCCCGGCUUCGUCUGACCACGUCGCUCUCCGAAAAGGGCUUGAUCUUGGCUGAGACCACCAGCCUGAUGCUAUUCCCCUUCAUGAUCACCUUUCUCCUGGUCUUCUUGGUGAUCUGGGAGUACAUCCUGGGCGCCUUCGCCGAGAUCACUUGCUUCGCCGACCGCCAUUUCUACUCGGACUGGUGGAAUUCCAGCGACUGGCUCGAAUUCAGCCGCGAGUGGAACAUCCCGGUCUACCACUUCCUGCGCCGUCACGUCUUCUUCUCGUCCAAGACGUACUUUUCGACGCCCGUGGCAAUGACCAUCACCUUCCUGGUCAGCGCGCUCGGCCAUGAGCUGAUCAUGGGCUGCAUCACCAAGAAACUACGAGGCUACGGCUUCAUUGCCAUGAUGCUCCAGCUGCCGAUCGUCGCACUGCAAAGGAGCAAACUGGUUCGAGGACGAUGGGUGCUCAACAACGCCGCGUUCUGGGGCAGCAUGAUCCUGGGGUUGAGCACCAUGUGUAGCCUAUAUGUCCUGGUUUGA